AUGCGGCGGCUGCAGUGGCGCGGCGGCGCCUCCGGGUGCCGCUGUUGGCCGCCGCCGAGCGGCGCUGGAGCCGCCGCCGCCGCCGCCGCAGCGUCCUGCCCCCGCAGGCUGCUCGCUCGCCCGGCGCCGGCCGCAGCGGCAGCGGCACCGCCACCGGCAGCAGCAGCAGCGGCGGCGGCGGCGGGGAGAGGCGGCCCGAGCGGGCUGGCUGCGCUGCGGCGGCCCCUGCGCUGCGUGGCGAGAGCGGCUGGAAGGGAAGCGGGGCAGCGGCAGGAGCGCGGCGAGCGCCGGCGGCAGAGAAUGGCGGUGAGGCGGCGGCAGAGGCGCGGGCCGGGCGGCGGGCGAGCGCUGCUGGCCGCGGUGCUGCUGUGCGUGUGCUGCCGGGCGGCGGCCGAGCGGCUCCGCUACGCCAUCCCCGAGGAGCUGGGCAGAGGCUCGCUCGUGGGGCCGCUGGCGCGGGACCUGGGGCUCAGCGCGGACGAACUGCCGGCGCGCAAGCUGCGGCUGAGCGAGGAGAAGCAAUUCUUCACGGUGAGUGAGGAGAACGGGAACCUGUACGUGAACGCGAGGUUGGACCGGGAGGAGAUGUGCGGCGCGUCGCCGACCUGCUCCGUCAGCUUCGAGGCGCUGGUGCACAACCCGCUGAACAUUUUCCACGUUGAAGUGGUGAUCGAGGACGUGAAUGACAACUCACCGCGCUUUCUACGAAACAAAUUUCAGCUGGAGAUCAACGAGUUUACUUCACCCGGCGCUCGAUUUUACUUGGGCAUAGCCGAGGAUCCUGACGUGGGCAGUAAUUCACUGCAAGGGUACGAGCUGGAGGCCAACGGGUACUUCACGGUGGAGGUGAAAGAGAGCCAAGACGGCAGCAAACCCGCGGAGCUGGUGCUGCGCCACUCACUGGACCGGGAGAGCGAGCCAAGCCUGCGGCUGCUUCUGACAGCGCUGGAUGGCGGAGACCCGCCCCGGACAGGCACCGCCCAGCUCUGGAUCAACGUCACCGAUGCCAAUGACAACCCACCCGUGUUCGCGCAGGACCGGUACCGCGUCAGCCUGCGUGAGGACACGCCUCCGGGAUCGAUAGUGCUGAACGUGUCAGCCUCAGACGCUGAUGCAGGCACCAACGCCCACAUCACCUACGGCUUCGGAGAGAUGCCGGCCAAGGUGCUUCAGAAAUUCGUGGUGGAUGGCCACAGGGGGAUGAUCACGCUUCAAGAGGCGCUGGACUUCGAGGACACGAGCGCGUUUAGCCUGGCUGUGGAGGCGACAGAUGGCGGCGGUUUGGUGGCACACUGCAAGGUGGAGGUGGAGGUGCUGGACGUGAAUGACAAUCCUCCUGAGAUCAGGAUUCUGUCGCUCUCGAGCCCGGUGCCCGAGGACGCCCCGGUGGGCACCGUGGUGGCUCUCUUUAAUGUAAAUGACCUGGACUCGGGCGAGAACGGUCAGGUGUCGUGCGAGCUGUCGGGAGAGGCGCCGCUGUCGAUCGUGGCGUCCUCGGGAGGCUCGUACAAGGUGGUGACGGCGGGCGCGCUGGACCGAGAGCAGGCGUCCGAGCACCGCGUGACGGUGGUGGCCCGGGACCGGGGCAGGCCGGCGCUGUGGAGCAGCAGGGAGCUGGUGCUGGAGGUGUCGGACGUGAACGACAACGCGCCGGUGUUCGAGGAGGCGGCGUACAGCGCGUACGUGGCGGAGAACAACGCGGCGGGCGCGCUGGUGCUGCGCGUGCAGGCGCGGGACGCGGACGCGGGCGCCAACGGGCGCGUGAGCUACUGGCUGGCGGGCGGCAGCGCGGGCGCGGCGGGCGCGGCGCCGCUCGUGUCGGUGGAGGCGCGGAGCGGCGCGCUGUACGCGCAGCGCUCCUUGGACUACGAGCAGUGCCGCGAGUUCACGCUGGCGGUGCGGGCGCAGGACGGCGGCUCGCCGGCGCGCAGCUCCACGGCCACGGUGCGCGUCUUCGUGCUGGACCGCAACGACAACGCGCCCCGGGUGCUGUGGCCGGCGGCGGCGGCGGCGGGCGAGGCUGCGGCAGGGGCGGCGCCUCCUUUCGAGGUGGUGCCGCGUUCGGCCGAGGCCGGCUACCUGGUGGCCAAGGUGGUGGCGGUGGACGCGGACGCGGGGCGCAACGCGUGGCUGUCGUACGAGCUGGUGCAGGCGUCGGAGCCGGCGCUGUUCCGCGUGGGGCUGCACAGCGGCGAGGUGCGCACGGCGCGGGCCGUGUCCGAGCGGGACGCGGCCAAGCAGCGAGUGGUGGCCGUGGUGAAGGACCACGGGCAGCCGGCGCUGUCGGCCACGGCCACGCUGCACGUGGUGCUGGCCGAGAGCUUGCAGGAGGCGCUGCCGGAGCUGAGCGAGCGGGCGGCGGGCGCCGAGGAGGCGGCGGCGGCGGCCGAGCUGCAGUUCUACCUGGUGCUGGCGCUGGCGCUGCUCUCGGCGCUCUUGGUGCUGAGCGUGGCGCUGGCCGCGCUGGCGCGGCUGCGCCGGGCCGGGCCGCCCGCCGUGCUGCGCUGCCUGGGCGCGCAGCGCUUCUCGGUGGCCGGCGCCGCCUUCCCGGCCGACUUCUGCGAGGGCACCUUGCCCUACUCCUACAACCUGUGCGUGGCGGCGCCGGCCCGCGCCGUGCCCGAGGCCGCUUGGCCGCCGCCGCCGCCGGUGCCCGUUCUGUCGGCGGAGGAGCUUCUGGGCGGGGAGCCCUUGGUGAAGCAGAUCUCGAUUAGUAACGCCGCCGAGGGAGAGGUGCCUGACAAUCCGGACGCACCGCAGGCUUUCUCUGUUUUCCCCGAUUGCUACACUUGUCGUGAUCUGGACAGUAGCUGUCGUGCCGGGAGGAGGCUGCGGGCGCCGCUGUUGACCGAGAGGAGCGAGCGGGAGCUCGGAGCGCUGCAGCCCCGCCCGCUGCGGAUCCGCUCUCUCGCUCUCCGGUGUGUGAGUCGGCGGCGGAACAGUCUGCGGUCGUUCCCGCGGUGCGGAGAGGUGCUGAAGGGAGUCGGAAGAGCCUGGCAGGAGCGCUCGGGAGCAGAGCGCCGGAGCUACACCGCGAAGCCAGAUCGGUGA